UCCCACAAUGCUGUGCACCCGGAACAGGAAGAAAAACAUCAGCUGACUCGCCUCCGUGUGUUGAGCAGUUUUUAUGUGACAGUUUAAAUCAAGUUGUCACUUUAAAAACACACUGGACAUUGUUUUUUUACUUUGACCAGCUGUUAUCAGAGGGAAGUGAUGUUACGACCGAAGGCGCUGACGCAGGUUCUCAGUCAGGCGAACACUAACGGAGUCCAAAGCACACUCCUACUGAAUAAUGAAGGUUCACUCCUGGCCUACUCUGGGUAUGGGGACACUGACGCACGAGUGACAGCCGCCAUCGCAAGCAACAUCUGGGCAGCGUACGACAAGAACGGCCACCAAGCCUUCAAUGAGGACAAACUCAAAUUCAUACUCAUGGAUUGUAUGGAGGGACGAGUGGCCAUCACUCGUGUAGCCAACCUGCUGCUGUGCAUGUACGCCAAAGAGACGGUGGGCUUCGGAAUGCUUAAAGCCAAGGCAGAAGCACUGGUGCAGUACUUGGAGGAACCACUGACUCAAGUGGCUGCAUCAUAGUGAAGAAAUGUGCAUCGAUUCUUUCUGGCUGCAAAAGAAAGCAUCAUGUGAUGUAGUACAUUCAUGGACUACUGUAACACAAAGUGCGAAAUGCAUAUAUAUCUGAGUGAGUGAACGUACGUGUGUGUGAGACGUGUGUGUUGGGCGGGGGGGGGGUUAUUCAGUGUAUUUAUAAUCACGUUAUUGCUGAAACUAACAGCUUGUGUGAGUUUUUAACUGUUUGUCUUCAUUUAGUUUGUUGAUCGGCUCUAGAAUUCUCACAGUUUGUCAAUAGGACGUUCGCGUGUACAACUGCUGAAAUGAUUCCACUAUCGGCUGCUUCAUUGGUUAAAUCGUGUACAUUCACAGUUAUGCAGAAAAGUGGCCUAAAAUACACAUUAUGAGCUGAAUUAAAAGUUCAAUGUACAUUUCUGUCUGAUUUAAAUGCAGCAAAUGUUAAAUCUGUCAAAUAAAAAAAAAAAUGGAUUCA